GACUUUACCCUUCUAUUUGAAAACCUUAAUAAUGAAUCGCUCAGAGAAAAGGCUUGUCUCGGCGAUUGGAAUUCAUGAUAAAAUCAUGACGACACUGUUUGUUAAGCUAAAUCAGGAUAGCUCCAGGAUCAGUGCUUAUCCUCUGCAAAUAAAUUUGUUUUGUACAUCUGUUCAUUCUGGUACGUUCGUGAAACGAGAAGGGAACGAUACUAUCUAUAUAUGUGCGUGAAAAAGUUUUGAUUUUUUGCGAUAUAUUUACGAUUUAAAAUACCUCGGGUAAAAUGCAAAAAGGAUAUUAUCUGAGUUUGUAUUCUACGGAAAAAAACAUCUAUGGCCUUGCAGAAAAGCCGGAAUAUAGACGGAAGGAUUGCAUCCAACUGAUGAAAAGGAUAUGCUUAACAAUUAAGUCAAUAAGAUAUUCUUCUUUGUGACUUUAAUAGCUAGCAGCUAAAUUAGGCAUAAGUUGCAAAGUAUACAAACUAUUUAUUUAGGAAAUCUAAGUUUGUAAAGAAUAAAAACAAUUUUUGUUAAAAGUUAAAGUUGGAUUGAAUUGGAAACCACGAAGAGAACCAAAUUCUGGACUGCAUUAUUUGAUGUUAAAUGUAAUUUUAAUGAAUGGAAUUUAAGAAAAAAAAAUGGGCAAAAGUAUUGCUUGACAUUUUGAAGACUAAAAUGCACGGAUAAAUUAGACAUUUUAUCUAUGAUAAGACAUUUCAAUUGGACUGGAAUUUUUCAUCAUAUAUUGAAUACCCUUCUAAAGCCAAGAUGCUGCGCACACGACUACAGGGAGAUGACAAUAUGUUUAGAUGGGCCAGGACUGAAAUGAAAAGGGAGCUGGUUAUGUCACAAUCUUCCUAUGCUAAAGUUGCGGGACUGCAGAGCGAAGUUGGUCGGGUUGUGAUUACUCGAGUGGCUGGGAGCGAACUAGAGUAUAAAAGAACGCUCAAUAUGUACCGGAAGGACGUCACAUGUACUGUGAAUAACAUACGCAGAGAACAAAUAAAAAUGAGAAUGAAACUUGGACGAUAUGUAAGAAAACUCAAACAAACUAGAAUUGAACAUGCAAAAUUGAUAAAGGAACAACAACGCCGUGACAAGGAGCGAGCUCUAUUGGAAGAACUUCAUCUCAGAUUAAAAUACGAAGCCACGGCCAGAACACCGGAACCAGAAGAUAUUCCAACGGAAGAUCAUAUAUUACAUGCGCAUGAAACGGACCAGAGUGUUCAUGGUGACGAAGAGGCGUAUGAACAUGUAAACCCACCAACCAUUGACUUCAAAAGUGGCUCCAUGUUUCUUCAAACUGGAAUGAAUAAUGCAGAGCUCGGUAACAGUGACUCAAAAGAUGAAGAUAAACUAAAUCCCAGUAGUACUCGAAUUAGAAAAGCUAGCCAUGCUUUUGAACCAAUGCUUCCAAUGAUAAACGAAGAUGCUGAAAAAGAAUGUGAUGAGUCCACUGAAAAGGUUGGUGGUGCGAAAGACGAGUCUGAACCAGACAGAUUUGAUUUAAGGGUAUGGGAUGAGGACAUGUCGGUAUCUUCAUAUGGUGGCCGAAUAAAAAGGAAAAACGACGUUUCUUUUUCUGAUAUUAUAAAGUUGAAAUAUACAGGGACAAAGAAUCUGUUUGAUGUAGUUCAUCGGUUAGCCAGGAAACAUGGUAUUCCUGAUGUUGAAGAGACGGUCCCUGAUCCUAGAGACAAUAUAGUUCAUCGCGGUGCUACAAAUGACUCACUAAAACUUCAAGCGGCUGUUCUAUACCCAAUGAAAUAUGGAUAUAAUCCUGAAGAAGAGACAAAUGAACACGAGCUUGACAGACUCGUAGCAGACAACAGUAAAUCUCCAGCAAUUACAGAUAGUGAACAUGAUACGAUGUCAGAUCACAGAGACAGUGUUUCAGCAAACGAACAGAAGUUUAAAAGAAUGCGGCGGUUGUCGCUCAGACAUUCUAGAUCAGUGGAUGAGGGUGAAGACUACGACUAUUAUUUAGAUGUACCGGAUCAGCCAAGAAAGUUAAAAUCGAGGGAUUUGAGCAUGCCCGAGUUGGUCGAUAAAGUACGGAAAAUCAAACUUGAACAAGUUGAUAGGUUGUCAUCUAGUCAAAGACUAGAAAACGAAAUGAUUUCGUCAUAUAAUUUGUUGUCACCUUCGCCAUCUUAUAAGCCGUCAUCAUCGCGUUCAUCUAGAUCACUUCCGGCGAUUUCCAAACAUUCUGGGAAAGAAGACAAGAACAAUGUCACGUGGACUCAAGCUUUUGGAUUACUUCGGGCUAUUCAUAGUCUCGAAGACGUUUCCGCAUAAAUUAGACGUAUAAUUGUAUAUUCUCACUGUACUGUUGUAUAAAGUUUCACAAAUGAGAGAAAUAUUUCAUUUCACAACAGGGCACCAAUCAUACUACAUUGUUUGCAAAAAUAAUAUUUCACUUUGUCAAAAAAUACCAUGAUAUAUAUAUUUAUCGCUUUGAUAUAUUUGAAUAGAAUCAAGAUUUGCUUA